CUGUGACUUAUUUCGUAACCAAAAUAUUAGAAAAAAAUUGGCAAAAUGAAUAAUUCUUUAACGAAUUUAAUUCGUUCUAGUCGCACAAUAAGCAGAAUAUUAGUUUCAAAAUAUUCUUCUCUUUCUGAAGAUCAAGUAACACAUACAGGCCAGAAAUGGGAUAAGGAUGAUUAUAGGAUGGUGAGAUUCAUCAAUAGUCCGAAACAAGUAAAUCCAAAUAUAGCCAUGAAAUUAAUUGCUGAAGUACCCCCCAAAAAGGUCCAGAGUCGAGUAGUUUCUUGUGAUGGGGGUGGUGGUCCUACAGGUCAUCCCCAAGUCUUUAUCAAUCUUGAUAAACCAGGAAAUCAUUCUUGUGGGUAUUGUGGUCUCAGAUUCGAAUUGGAACAUGAUCAUUGAUAUAUAAAUGAUAAAGGCCACUUGGUAGAACUUCUAAAUAGGAACUGAUUUGAAUCAUCAUUAAAGAUUUCACUUAUUCA